UGUGAAAAUGACAUCUCUACAGUUGCUGCAUAAUUCCCGUGAAAUUUGCCGCAUGUCAUGGUUUCUCAUCGAAAUGGACGAGGGUCAGUCGAAGGGAGGCAAGGAAAACGGUCGGAUUGUCUAUGGUGUUAUACAUUCGAUUGAUUUGGUCGAUAACGAUUCGACCAAUAUGUAUAUAAAUCGCCGAGUGCGUUUCAAUUGGAAUCAUGCAAUUAUUGAAGGCCGUGUUAAAUUGGCAUCGGAUGAUCGCUACUUCAUCGAACAACAGUUCAAGACAUUGACGAAGAACAAUGAAGGGGUGAUUUUGAAACAGAGAUUAUCGAAACGGUAUUUGGUGCAGUUCAACAAAGGAGCCAACACCAUUGUCCAUGCCAUUGUUCAUCAAAAGGAAAUCGUUUGGCCCAAGGAGGAUUUUCAAAAUUCCACCAUACGUGAGGUGCUGAUCCGCGAUGGUAAAAUUCAAAGAAUGGCAACGGUAUUGCAUGUCAGUGAAUCCGAUGAUUUGAUACAAAAAGAAUUGGAUAUGCUCAAGGCAAGGUGUUUUGAAGGGGCCUUUGAAGAACCCUAUGAUAAUAAUGACAUUGAAGAGACCCCGUGGCUAUUUGUCCAGUACAGUAGUGGUCCCAGUAAUGUCAGCUAUUCGAUUAUAAACAUCUGCGGCACUGUUUGGCAAGAGGAAAAUCUCUAUCGUAAUGUUGUGGCCUACAUCAAAGAAGGCGAAGCCGUCUACCAGGCCAUUAUAAUUCGUAAAUCCAAGGAUCGUAAUAAGUUAGAUGGUGAAUUACGGUCCAUGAAAGAUUAUUGCCUGAAAACUGAUUUCCCCAUUAGCGGAACGAGUUGUUUCAAAGUAUCACUUCCUCCAUUGGAUCAUCAGGCAUUGUGUGCGAAACCAGUAACAAUACUGCCUGUAAAACGUGAAAAAUAUCAAAUUGUCAGACAUUAA